GCUAGCAGGAUGGGAAACAUUAGGAAAAUAUAAAUCGUUAAGAUACUCGUCCGAAUACUUUACGAGAAAUAUUCUUAGAAUUAACUAAAAAUAUUUAUCGUACGAUGUCUAAGAUUCAUUUUCAUUCGAGGGAACGGUAUUUUCGAAAAAUCAAUGAAUCGUUUUUCGAUGUUUUUGGAUUUGUUGUUUGGUAACAACAGGUUGAAGCUACAAAUUCGAGAGUUUUUUACAAUCUCGAUUCAAUUAAGUUUAUCCUGUUUUACACAACGUUGAAAAAACACGAUACGUAUACGUUUUCUCGUAUAGGAUCUAUUUCCACGUCGUUAUGUCGAAUUUUAACACGUUAUGUUCCUUCGAACGUGCAUCGUUGAUUUCUUUCACGUACAAUUAAAUAGUCAUGGUAUAUUGUUGUUUCAUUUAAUAAAUCCUCUGUGCAUCGAAAAGUAUAUACGUGCGUAAACAGUAUGCGUAUGGAAAUGGAACGAAAAACAUGUUGCAUCAAUUGUAUCGAUUUUCUAACGAGUACAUGCGUACGAUUCGUUGCUAAUAUAUUUCGGUCUUAUUUAUGUAACAUUAUAUGAAUAAUGAUGUACAAAGUAUACCGCACGAAAGCAUUCAGAUUGCUAUAACGUACGGUGAGGAAAAAACAAUAAUAGUUCGUAAUACUCGCGCAUUGAACAAGUGCGGUUCGUAUUUCGUUGGUAGAGUUGGCUGGAUUUACGAUUAGUUUACGAGAAGCGUGUGUCAAGAUAAAAUAACAAAAUAAAAGGUAGCUCUGAUAUUCGGGACGAGUGCGCCAAACGUUACUGCACGAGAGAGAGAGAGAGAUAGGAGUCAACGGUUAGAGCGAGAAAGAGGAAGACACACGCACGGUAGGACAGUAUAGAGCGGCACGGGCAGCUACGAUCGACGGUACUAUUUUUCAUUAAAACAAGCACCACGGAAAUUUCGAAAAAUAAGCGCACGCCGCACCACGGCCUUAUAAUAUUAUAACGAAAUCAUGGAACCUUGCGAGAAUCGAAUACAAGAGAAAGUGCAAGAAGGAGAAUAUGGAUUCUUUUGGCAAGAUUAUCUUGAUGUUACAAAGAGCGUCGAGGUGCCUCAAAUUAUGUUUCCUCAUGUGGAGCUUACGCUUCAGAGCAGUAUCGAAAUUGGCAUGUCCCUCGAAGUGCCGGUUCCAUCAAGCUCGGACAAGGAAAAUAUCAAAUAUUGGGUGGCUUCCAUUGUCAUGGCAUGCGGGCCUUUGUUACGUUUGCGUUAUUUCGGGGGUGAUGACAGAUCGCUGGAAUUUUGGUUCAACCUUACCAAAGAAGCUGCUCAUGAACUUGGCUGGUGUGUGAAAAAUAAUAAGAAGUUAGAACCACCCGAUAUUGUACUUCAACGAUCGCCUAAUUGUGCGGAGAAGUUGCCUGAAUUUUUAACAACAGCUCGUACCGUUCCCACAGAAAUGUUGUCAGGGGAUGGUCUCAGCAUGACUGAGAGGAUCAAACAAGGCAUGAAGGUUGAAGUAAGCGAUACACUGCAUCCUUACAAAUUAUGGGUAGCUACGAUUAUAGAAAAUGUAGGUGGACGCCUUCUACUGAGAUACGACACCCCCAGUUCGUUGAACAGAGAUUUUUGGAUGUUCUGUACAUCGGAGCAUCUUCAUCCAUACGGAUUCACGUCUAAAUCCGAUUCCACUUGGUUUUUAGAACCGCCCAGUUCCAUUGUAGAUAUGCAUACGUACGAAGAAUGGAAAGAUUUAUUAGAAUCUAUACCAAAAAAUAACGAUCUGCCGGAAGAACUAUUUCUCAAUAACAUAGAGCAUACAAAGCACGAAUUUAAAGUUGGCAUGAAACUAGAAGCUUUAAGUCCAAUUCAUCAAUCACAGAUAUGCCCAGCUACAGUUAUAAAAGUAUUUGACGAUACUUACUUCCUUGUACGUAUUGAUACAUACGAUAAAUUGUUAAAAGACAUCGAUAUCGAGACGUGUAUGUACAAUAGUACAGAAAACAAUACUUGGCUCUGCACAGCAGAAUAUCCGUAUAUCUUUCCAGUUGGAUGGGCGAAGAAAAACAAUAUCAAAAUCGUACAACCAAAUGGUUGGACUUCGGAAAAGGAGGACUUUGACUGGGACGAAUAUUUAACAGACACUCAAACGACUGCUGCAGACGAAACGUUAUUUUCCGAAAGGCAAAGUGCCACUGAUGCAGGCUUCGAAUGUGGUAUGAGAUUAGAAGCAGUCGAUCCAGAAUGCGAAAACAUUAUAUGCGCUGCUCAUAUUACUAAAAUCGUUGACAAUCUCUUAUGGUUAAUGUUAGACAAUUAUGAAAACACUAGGCCAGAACACAUAGUAGAUAUGCAUUCCCUACAAAUAUUUCCGGUCGGAUGGUGCGAAUCUAAUCAUUAUCCAUUGAAACCACCAAAGGACUAUGUAGAGCUUUGUAAAAAGCUUCAAACGCCGGCUAAAGAUGAUAAGAAAAGCAAUGUUCUGGAUAUACCUAUAUCCGAACCACGCUCGUCGUUAUGGUGUCCAAAGAUCUAUUUCAAUUACCGUUGUUUCACGGGACCUAUGAUCUCUAAAGGGAAAUUAGCAACUCUGCCGAAAGCAGUGGGCCCCGGUCCCGUGAUUCUAGUUAUGAGAGAAGUUUUAUCGAUGAUCGUGUCCGUUGGAUACAGAAGUGCACGGAUAUUGAAAGUGCUCCAAUGCGAUUCGAAACCAGAUCCCGGUUAUCAUUUAGAAGUUUUGAAGGCAAAGCAUAAAAACAAUACAUAUCGCGCCAGCGUAGCUGUCGUCACGUCAGGCGAUAUGGUGGCUGAUUUCUGUAGAAAUAUCUGUAAGAAGCUAAUGGUAUGUCCAAACUUGUUUGGCCCUCUGUAUGUACCCGAGAACGAAUGUCCGGAUAAAUGUCAUAAAACGUCUAAAGCGAAAUUCACGGCAUCUGUGGGUACUGGAAGGAGAGGGAAGCCAAAGGGUUACACAAGCAUCAUGGUGCAAAAACCAAAACCAUGGGGCGGUAGGAGGAAAAGGAGACGCGGCAGAUGGGCAAACAGAGAGAAGGAUACUCACGACGAUUACGACCACGAAGACGAAUUGCCAUUCAUGUCGUUGGAUUUAGCAAAGCAUAUAUCAGGAAUCGAGGAGACUCUCGAUGGUAGAGCCCCGCUUUCGGAAAUAGAUAUCAUGAUACAGAAAGGUUUGGAGAAGUCGGACAAGUCGGACGAAUUUAAAACCGAACCACCGUCGAGCAACGCCUCGGAAGAUUCGGGUAGUUCGUUCAACGACAGAAAAACGAAAGACAGAGGAAGUCCCAACAGUAUGAGCAACAAACAACAUUCGUCGAAGUAUAGCCAAAGUAAUUCCGUCACCAGGGCAAGUAAGAGGGAACGAGAUUGGGACACGAGCAUCGAGUCCGAUUGUUCGGAAGCAGACGCCGAGUACGUGAGAAUGCAGAAGAAACAAAGGCGCCCGAAAACGCGGAAGCUGGACUCGAAUCCGUUGUUCUGGAGCGUGGACGAUGUGUUCAGAUACUUGAGAAAAACGAACGACUGCAAAGAUAUCGCGUAUCGUGUGAAACAAGAGGAAAUCGACGGAUUGGCGUUUUUAUUGUUGAAUCUACCGUCUCUGACCCAGCACAUGAAAUUACGAACUAGUUUAGCGAUGAAGCUUUGCCGUCACGUGGAGCAAGUCAAAGUUACGUUCUUUCUACGGCACAUCAACGAAAUAGAACCAGAACAGUAUCAAAUUGUAUAAUUUCGUCAAUUAGAAGAAUUCAAUUUAUUUUUAUUAUUUAUAUAGUGUAACAUAAUGUACUGUGCGAAGCAAAAUGACAUUAAGAUGUUAAUUGUAUGAUAAUGACUGAGUGAUUUUUAAUUUAUAUAAAAAUGCAAGACUGCAUUACCA